AUGGAUCUAUCAAGUCAGGCUCAACCAGCUCCACGUGAACAAGUCGAGAGAAGUGAUGAGGCAGUGGAGGCUGAAGCUCAGUGUCCUCGCUGUCAUCAGAUGAACAGAUUUGUGUUGCCAGCUGAGAAGGACUCUGUGGUCGCGAGUGAAGCCGCUCCGUUUAAGCCAUACUCUGUGGAGAUCCCCACUAAUUCCGAGGCUUUUGACGCGGCACACGCUCCUCCUGUCACGCCACAGGGUGCAAUGCCUGUUCCUACUGUGGUAGUCCCACCAUCUCAAGUAGCUCUACCCCAGAACAUGCAGGUCCAGAUUGAGAAUAUUUGGGGCAACUAUGCCAAUUGGAUUGAGAAUUUUUGGGGCAACUAUGCCAAUUAG